CUCACCCCCCAACCGGUCGUAUUUUCAUUGUGUUGAACGAAAAACCGAUUCCUCCCGCCAUACUCGCCUGUUUUCAGCUGUAAAGGAUUCUGUUCUUCCAGGACCUUGGGCGGCAUGUCCAACGGCAGCUUCCUGCCUUCCUCCAAUCACAGUGCAGUGCACAGCGGCAGCCGCAGCGCCCCCGUCACGGUUUUCAGCGUUCUCACCUUCACCCUGCUCGCCAUGCUGGUGGUGGCCACAUUCGUGUGGAACGUGCUGGUGCUGGCCACCAUCCUGAGGGUGCGCACCUUCCACCGCGUGCCGCACAACCUGGUGGCCUCCAUGGCCAUGUCGGACGUGAUGGUGGCGGCCCUGGUCAUGCCCCUCAGCCUGGUGCACGAGCUGAGUGGACAGCGCUGGCGGCUGGGCCGCGCCCUCUGCCUGCUUUGGGUCUCGUGCGACGUGCUGUGCUGCACAGCCAGCAUCUGGAACGUGAUGGCCAUCGCGCUUGACCGCUAUUGGUCCAUCACGCGCCACCUGGAGUACACGCUCAAGACACGCAAGAGGAUCUCCAACGUGAUGAUCGCGCUCACCUGGAUGCUCUCAGCCAUAAUCUCGCUGGCACCCCUCUUCGGCUGGGGGGAAACGUACUCAGAGGAGAAUAUGGCAUGCCAGGUGAGCCAGGAGCCCUCCUACACCAUCUUCUCCACCUUCGGCGCCUUCUACCUGCCCCUGGGCGUGGUACUCUUCGUCUACUGGAAGAUUUACAAAGCGGCCAAGUUUCGGAUCGGGUCCAGAAAGAGCAACUCUAUUAUUCCGGUAACAGAGAAUGUUGAGGUAUGUAAAAGGAAGUAUCCCGGCGGCAAGCCUCAGGUAGUGUUUGCCUUGCAUCCCCCCACGGUGACGUUCCAGGCAGACAGCGAGACAUGGCGGGAGCAGAAGGAGCGGCGAGCGGCGCUCAUGGUGGGAAUCCUCAUCGGAGUGUUUGUCCUCUGCUGGAUCCCCUUCUUCCUCGCCGAGCUGGCCACGCCCCUCUUCUCCUGCCAGGUCCCGCCUUUCUGGAAGAGCGUCUUUCUAUGGCUCGGCUACUCCAACUCUUUCUUUAACCCGCUAAUCUACACCGCCUUCAACAAGAACUACAACGACGCCUUCCGGAACCUCUUCUCUCGACAGCGCUGAGGAGCGAGAUGCCUCCUGCCCUUCCCACCGGGAAGUUCAGAACUUCUCUGAAGACUGGCAGGCAACUUAGCAGGCUCAGAAGACUGAAUGCAGAGGGCAGAGUUAUUUAUUUGCCAUUACAGAGAGCUUUGCAUCUAAUGUGUGGUGAAUCAUAGAAUCUAUAUGAAUUGAUUUGCCUUUUUUUGUUUUGAGGAACAUCAAAACCAACAUGACUAAAUAACCCAUAAACUAGAAGAACUGAUUAUUGAUAUCUGAUGUAUAAAAGCUGUAAGCGACAUUCAGCAUAUUGACCAACAGGGUUUUGUUAUUAUUUUUUGAACUAUUGUGGGUGCCCUCCAUGGCUUUCACUGUGAUCGAAAUGAGCACAGAACAGAAAAAUCCCAAUGUUGACUUACCUACAGCUGGGCUUCUAUAAGCACUCAAGGUGUUACUCUAACAACGGGGUGGUUAAUCUGCAUCUGCAACAUGCUAUUUACGCUGUUCAAUACAUUUCAAAUUGUACAUUAGUAAUAAUAUGUUACUAUUAGUCUCAAGGUUAUGAAGACAGAAAACGUCAGGGGUAAGAUCAUUUUAAAGAAAGUUCACUCAAGCCUCGCAGU